AUGGCAGAGGCAGAGGUUGCCCCAAGAAAGAGACUCAUAAUUAAGCUUUGCUUGCCGCGUUCAAGAACAGUGUCAUCUGAAGAGUGCAAACUAAAGGAUGAUGUUGAUACUGAAAAGCGUGGACCAGAAUUUAUGGCUUCUGAUUCAUGCGGCGAGAAGAGGAAGAAAGAUCAGCAUUACAGCACUACUGAAUACUCGUGUAAUGUAGUGGAAAAGAGCGAUGCAGAAGGUUCUAGAACCUUGUCAACUGAUGCACAGUGCAAACAGAAGAAGGACGAUGAUGGUGCUGAUUCUCGUGGAGGCAGAAAGAGAAGAAAGUUGGCAACUUCUGAAGUUUCUGUUUCCACAAAAUCUUCUGUGCAAGAACACCACAAUGCAUGUUCAAGAAUCCCAAGAACCGGUUCUAAGGUGCUUGACUCCAAGAACACGAAGAAGGAAGAGGAAGAACACCACAAUGCAUGUUCAAGAAUCCCAAGAACCGGUUCUAAGGUGCUUGACUCCAAGAACACGAAGAAGGAAGAGGAGAUAAAGGUUGCUCUAAACGAGCAGAGAAUUGAUCGUUAUCAAAAGAUGCAGCGUUUGGUGAUCUUGAAGCGCUUCAUGGUUGGAAGAGAUGGCUGGGCUUUCGAUAAGACUCUGGAUCCCAAGAAUUUAGGGAUUCUUGGUAACAACCGUGAGAGUGUGUUGUUGAAGCCAAUAGGGUUUGAGGAAAUAGAGUCAAAGCUGCACAAAUUCGUGUAUUUAGGGCCUGAUGAGUUGCAAACGAUAUGA